AGCAGCGAUCAUGGCAUCAUCAGGUACCUCAUUUUUCUUACUCUUGUUCAUAUAAUGCUUAUAUUUUACUGUUUUUCCUGUUUUUUAAAUACUCGUUGUUAUUUCUUUUUAGACACUGAAAUAAGCGUGCUCAACUCUUCUCUUUUUGAUUCUCUCGAUCGAAUUGACAUCUCGGAUUUGGACAACUUUGUUUUCCGGAGCUCACCGAGUUCUUCUCCACCAGUGCUCCAGCGAGCAACAGGCAAGAACAUCCGUCUCUCGACCUGCGAGAGGCAGGACCUGCUUUCUAUGCUAGGUCGCCCUACUUCUUCCGGCCACAGUUCCAUCCCCACCGGCGCUUCUUCUCUCCCGCGACCCUCGGGGAAAAACUUUCGUCUGUCCGCCCGGGAGAGGCAAGAUUUGCUCUCUGCGGUCGGUCCUCGUGCUCCUGCCCAUCCGAGCACCAUCCCGAGCAGCGCUUCUUCUCCGCCAUCGGGCACACGAAAUGCACCGCGCCUGUCUUUGAGAUCCAAUCAUGGGCAUCUCACAAGGAGGAACAGGAGGACCGGUUGGACCGCAAGGACAAGGAGCACAAGGCAAAAACGCAGACGAAACCAGCUCGCUUCUAUCGCUCUUCGAGCAGUAUGUCUGGUCGCUGAAUUAGUUCAGCUCAUCAUAUAAAAAGUGGGGUUUUUUUCAUUUUGCUUUUUCAAACAAACUGUGUUUUUUUUUAAAUAUAUUCUUGUUAUACAAUAAAAAUGGAUA